UUUUAAAAUCGACCAAUUGGUACAUAUGACGUCAUCAACCUGAGACGAGGCAGCAGCGCUGAAAAUUGAAAAUGCUUUUCUACUCCUUUUUCAAGUCCCUGGUGGGGAAGGACGUGGUGGUGGAGCUCAAAAAUGACUUGAGCAUCUGUGGGACACUUCACUCUGUUGAUCAGUACCUGAACAUUAAACUGACAGACAUCAGCGUCACUGAUCCAGAGAAGUAUCCACAUAUGUUAUCAGUGAAGAACUGUUUCAUUCGAGGCUCCGUGGUGCGAUACGUCCAGCUUCCUGCAGAUGAGGUUGACACUCAGCUGCUACAGGAUGCUGCGCGCAAGGAGGCUCUGCAACAGAAGCAGUGAUGCUUUAACACGUGACAUCACGGGUGGGAGGGCUGGAGGGAGGGAGGGAGGUAUUGGAACAUUAACAAAUAUGUUUAGUUGGGUGUAACAAUCAUUCGGGUAUCAAAAAGUUUCUAAAUAUUUGCGGGUAUCAAAAUAAUUUAAUCUGUGUUUGCAUAGUAUAACUGUUGCCCCUGAAAUGCAUUCCUUAAUGUCUAGCCUAUGUUGCAGUGCUUAGUGUCACCUACCUCAAAUGCCAACCGAGGUCUCACAGCACUUGAUACCCUUCUGUUUUGGUUUUUGUAAACAUUUGGGCGAGCUUCCAGCACUUCCAUUUCUCUAUUCAAUACAGCGCCACUCUUUGUGUUUAUGACUGAUCCAGAUUCCGCACGUGUUAUCUUCUUAUAUUUUUUUGUGUUCUUGAGAAACGUUGUGCAAAAAAUGUGUAUAUAUUCUCCUUCUGAAUGUGCCCAUCCAUGAAUGAAGGCUAUUUUUACUGUUCUUCAGCUCAGAUUGAGAAUAUUCUCUGCCCUUUUUUCUUUGUAAAACCAGUUUUGAGCUUGUAUGACUCAAUGUUAUUUAGAUCAGCUUUUUGAUGUGGUGUACAUAAACCUUGUUUCAAUCCUA